CGCCGGGCCCGCGGGGCGCACCAAGAUGGCGGCGCGGUGGUGGCGGCGCGCCCUGCGCGGGCUCUGCGGGGCCGCGCUGUUCCUGUCGCAGCUUUCCGUCCUCUCGGGCCGCGCGGGAUCUUUGAUGACGACAAAGCUUUCACAGCCACAGUCUACCCUGGCAAAAAGCCUAACUUCAACAAGUACAAAUGCUCCCUAUUUUAAAGCAUUAGAAAGUACAGAAAUUCCACCUUACCUGACUAAUUGUCCCAGCAACGGGCUUUGCAGUAGACUGCCACCAGACUGCAUGACAUGUAACACAAACUAUUCCUGUAUAUAUGGGAAGACAGCAACUUUUGAUUGCAAAGUCAAGCCGCAUGUUCACUGUGUUGAUGAGAAUAACCACGAGCAGGAGAACUUUACAAUUAACAUGACGUGCCAGUUUUGCUGGCAGCUUGCCACAAGUGAUUAUGUCUGUACCAAUUCCACAAGCUGCAUGACAGUUUCCUGCCCUCGGCAGCGAUACAAUGCAACAUGCACGGUCCGGGAUCACAUCCAUUGUCUAGGUAACCGUGUCUUUCCUAAGAUGCUCUAUUGCAAUUGGACUGGAGGUUAUAAGUGGUCUACUGCCUUGGCACUGAGCAUCACCCUUGGUGGAUUUGGUGCCGAUCGUUUCUAUUUGGGUCAGUGGCGGGAAGGUCUGGGAAAACUCUUCAGCUUCGGUGGACUUGGCAUAUGGACACUAAUUGAUGUGCUGCUAAUAGGUGUUGGCUAUGUGGGACCUGCAGAUGGAUCUCUCUAUAUUUAAAUGUGGGUGCAAUGUGUUUCAGAGAGGAGUCAUUGCCUGCAAAGGGCUCUAAUAAACAAGUGCGGAGGUUUGAGCCUUUAAGGUAGAAUGAAGAACAACGGUUUGUUCUAUGUGCAUAUAUUUUAAUGUACAGUAUCUGUACUUGGUUUGCCUUUAACUAAGGUCAAAUAAAAGAGUGGAUCACUGA